AUGCCGGCCAUCGACGAGCCUCCGUCCGCGCCGUUUACGGCGACGGGGGGGGAUGAACUGUCGUACUACAAGGCACAGUAUGAGCAGCUGGAGGCAGAGCUGGCGGAUUUCCAGGCCUCGAGUCGGGAACUGGAGGCGGAGCUGGAGAAGGACAUUGAAGCAUCUGAGGCUCGGGAACGGAAGCUGAAGGAGAAGGUCGAUAGCCUUCGCUACGAGGUGGAGGAGUGGAAGACCAAAUACAAGCAGGCCAAGUCGGAGGCCAACUCGGCGCAAAGCACGUUGCAGAAGGAGAUCACGACGCUGCGCGAGGCGAACCGGACGCUGCAGCUGAAGUUGCGGGAUAUUGAGGUUGCCAACGACGAUUAUGAGCGACAGGCUCGGAACACGACUUCGUCCCUGGAGGAUCUGGAGUCCAAGUACAAUGUGGCUAUCGAGCGCGGGGUGCUGUUGGAGGAGGAGAUCCGGAGCGGAGAACAGGAGCGGGAAAGCCUGCGGAUCGUGAACCAGCGGCUGCGGGACGAGCUGGCCGACCUGAAGAUCGAGGCGGAGAUUGUGCAGGAGAAGCUGCGCCACUCGGAGACGGUGGCCGGCCGGCGCAAGAAGCCCACGCCGCUCACCCGCACGCCGUCCACGCCGCGGACGCCGGAUGUUGCGCGCCACUCGCCCAAGUCGUCCAUCUCGUCGCCGGUGCUGUCGACCCCGCCGGCCAGCAAGUUCAGCCGGUCGGUCAUGACGCGGACCACUACGCCUCCGUCGCCGCCCAUCUCCGAGGCGUCGGCCAGCAUGCGCAAGUCGAUCGGCGCGACGCCGGGAUUCCCACGGCAGCGGGCGUCGAUGGCGGAUUCUCACCUUAACUCGCGGACCUUGCAUGUCUCCAAGGCGGCGCAGCGAUAUACCCAGUCGCGGACGACGUCGGUGUCGUACAGCAACAACGGGCGCACGACACCCCAACUGCCGUCGCGCAACAACUCGACGCGCCUGGGGAAUGGCAACCGGGAUCAUGAGCAUCCGCACAAGAGCAAACAUCCGAUCAAGCCGGAACCAGGAAUGCCCAAGUCGGGCUCGCUGUAUCAGAUCCGGGGCCUGAUCGGCAAGAUGCAGAAACUGGAGCAACGGGUGCAGUCGGCGCGGUCGCGACUCCCGGGGCCGACGGACACGCCGCCGCGGACCUCCCCGCGGUCGCGGGCGGGAUCGACGAUGACGACGGGCGAGAGUGUGGUGUCGAACUCGGUGUCGUCGAUGCGACGAACGUCGCGCAAACGGCUGAGCGGCAGCAGCUUUGACUUUUCCGUUUCGGUGCGGGAAGGCGAGACGACCACUUCGUACACGCCACACAGCCGGCAGUCGUUUAGCACACGCACGCAGGGCGACAGCCGGCCCAGCAGCCGGACGAGCUACUCGAGUCGCAGUUCGGUGAGUCAGAGCACUCACGCGACAAUAUCUACGCCAGGACGACCGGAGAGUCGACAGAGCACCAACAGCGGGGCCAAGACACCGCUGGGUCACUACUCGACGAACCCGACGACGGAGAGCCGACGUCCACGGUCGUCACUGAGCAACCACGCGGGACAGCACGCGACGACGAAUGGAAUGGACAAUAUUGAGGAGGACGAGGACUGCACGCCGACACCACCCAUGUCGGUACGCAAGGGGGGAGGGGGAGGGGGAGGGGGAGGGGGAGAGGUACGACGGCCAUCCGUGACGCAGUUCACCCACGGCCUGAAGAAACGAUCGAUCAGUGGCAUCUCGGCCAUCCCGGGACCACGGACUCUGCGCACCAGUACAGGCCAGGGCAACAUGGGACCUCCUCCGGUGACAGCCGCCGCCGACCGCAAGCCUAAACUUGGGGAUCUGGGGGAGACCUACUAA